GGAUAUAAUUUAGACGUAAUCAACCUUCAGGAAACUUAUUUAUCCCAACAGAAUAUAGAAUACAUUAAGAAGAAUAUUUGGAAACAUGAGUCAUUCUGGACAUCAAAAGUGGCAAUUCUAGCUGGAAAUAAAAAUAUCCAUUUCAAAAAUGUGGAAGAAAUUGAAAACGGAAUCACAGCAAGUUUCUUGCACAAUAACAGGGCUAUCCAAGUAACAAAUAUAUACGUUCCAUUUAAUGAUGAUAGACGGGAUUUUUUUAAUAACUGGAUACCAGGCAAAAGAGAAAAUUCGGUUAAUGUCAUAGUUGGAGAAUUUAACACGAGCAUAGGCUCAAUCUAUAGUCAAAAUUUAAAUCAACUGUCGGAUUUUACGAAUGUCGUGAAAAUAGUAGGAGAAAAAUCGUUGAUUAAUUGUCGUCAAAAAAAUUUUCCAUCAGCAAUGAAGCUGGACUAUAUUUUUAUAGAUAAUGACUAUGCAAACUUUUGCCAAAAGAUAAAAACCCACUUCAGAUUUAGUAAACCUUUGGUAGUUUGUACUCUUGAAACUGUCAUCUGGAGAUUGAAUAAAAAGUUGCUCGAUGUCCCUAUAGUUGAAAAACGCAUAAAUAAGGAAAUAACUAGUGUGAACUCAGUUUUAGAGUGGGAUCACUUAAAGAAGAAUCUUCAAUCCGUAUUUUGCCAUUACAAACAUAAAGCCUUCGAAAAACAAAAUGAUAAGUCGACAGAUUUUGACCUAACGUGGUCAGAUGUCAGUAGUGACAUCUCUCACUUAGAAGACCACAAAAUUCAAGAAGACCUAAUUAAAGCAGGAUGGGGCGAAAAAAAGGAAAGAUCGACAUCAAAAAUCCAAGACCCGUCGGAUCCCACAUCAAAUAACCCUAUAAACAUUUUAUCUUACAUAAAAACAUAUUAUCAAGAACUUUUCAAGAAAGAUAAUAUUGAUUCAAAUCUUGCUCGCAAAAUAACGGAUGAAUUACCAAGCAUAACCGAAGAUCAAAAUAACUCACUAAUAGAGACAAUUACCUGUGAAGAAGUAUCCAAUACAAUAGCCCAACUUAAAAAUGACAAAUCUCCAGGAAUUGAUGGAUUGCCAUUUGAAUUUUAUAAAAAAUUUCAAGAAAAACUUGUUCCACUUUUGGGAAAAAUUUUUAACCAAAUUUUGAAAACAG